CAUUUAAAUCGGUAAAAAUGCAAAAAUUCCCAUGUUCCUACUUCAUACUUCGCUGAAAUGGGGAUAUACUAUCAUUCAAUUUUGAUUGCCGAGACGCUAAUUACUACAAAAUCGAAAUGCCGUUGCCGGAAACCUUUCUCAGAAGUAACGGAACUUCUUCAGUUACAUGCUGUCAUUACUUCAAUGCAUGCCGGAAAAUCAUUUGCAACGGUACGUGUUGGUAAAAUCAUUUUGGAAAUAAUUAUCUAUUUGUAUAGCAAGUGUAUGAGGAAAUUCCUUACCAAGAGUUAUUAUUCAUAUCAAAGGCAAUCGUAACGAAAAUCGUGAUCAGAUUCUUAUAUACCAAAUGGCGCCGCAAAUCGGAAAAGAUCUUUGCCGCUUAAACUGGAUAAGGAAGAAAUUAAAGAGUCAAAAUGGAGCAAAGAUUUUAAGCUUUGGAGGCGAGAUCCAAGGCGGCAGCCUGUAGAACAAUAGACGAUAAGCUAGUUUCUUCUGAUCAGAGAGAGAGGGAGAAAUCUGAUCAGAAGAAACGGCGGUUUCUGUGGAGGUAGCCAUGGGGACACCAGAGGAGAGGGCUGCAUUGAUUAGGGAGUCGAUAGGCAAGAGCCAAACCACCACAGAUAGCAUGGUCACCAUUCUCGGCUCUUUCGAUCACCGCCUCUCCGCCCUCCAAACCGCCAUGCGUCCCACUCAGAUAACUACACAUUCAAUUAGAAGGGCGCAUGAAAACAUUGGCAAGACGCUUAAGGUUGCAGAGGUGAUUUUGGGCCAGUUUGAGCUAGCACGAAAGGCAGAGGCGAAAAUAUUGAGGGGGCCACAUGAGGAUUCUGAAAGUUAUCUUGAGGCCUGUGAUGAGUUAAGGAGUAUUGUUAGAACUUUUAGUGGUAAGAACAACCUUAAGAGUAGUGUUGGGGUGAUCACCUACGCCACUACUUUACUUGCAAACUCUAUUAUUAAGCUAGAAGAUGACUUUCAGCAGCUUCUUACCUCAUACAGCAAACCUGUGGAACCAGAUUGUCUUUUUGAAUGUUUGCCCCAGUCUCUACACCCAUCAACAGCAUCACCUAAUCCAGAUGUUGGUAGUGGAACAAAAGAGCACCAAACUAAGCGUUUGAAAACUGCGGGUUACCAUCUUCCUGAUCUGAUUCCAUCUAGAAUACUACUGCUUCUUCAUGACCUGGCCCAACUAAUGAUUCGUUCUGGACACCAGCAGCAAGCUUUUAAUAUUUACAGAAAUAUCAGGUCUGCAUUUGUUGAACAGAGCCUCAGAAAACUAGGUGUGGAAGGAUUAAGUAAAGAGGAUGUUCAAAAGAUGCAGUGGGAAGUCCUAGAAGCCAAAAUUGAAACUUGGAUUCAUUUUAUGAGGAUUUCAGUCAAUCUUUUAUUUGCUGUGGAAAAAAGAAUUUGUGAUCAAAUCUUUCACGGUCAUGAUGCUCUCAGGGAGCAAUGUUUUGCAGAGGUUACUGCAAAGAGUGCAGCAGUCCUCCUGAGUAUUGGAGAGGCUAUUGCUAAAAGCAAAAGAUCACCUGAAAAGCUAUUUGUCCUUCUAGAUAUGUAUGAAAUAAUGAGUGAACUUCAUCCACAGAUUGAUAUAAUAUUUGGAAGCAAAUAUUUUAGUGAAAUGAGACAAGCUGCUCUUAUUUUGACUAAACGUUUGGCUCAAACGGCUAAGAAUACCUUAGCAGAUUUUGAGGAAGCAGUUGAGAAAGAUGCCACAAAAACUGUUGUUGAUGAUGGAACUGUCCAUCCAUUAACUAGCUAUGUGAUCAAUUAUGUGAAGUUUUUAUUCGACUAUCGAUCAACUCUAACACACUUUUUUCGGGAGUUUGAUGGUGGUGAUGCAAAAGCCCAUUUGGCGGCUAUGGUAACACGAAUAAUGCAAGCACUUCAGAGUAAUCUGGAUGGAAAAUCCAAGCAGUACAAAGACCCUGCUUUGACUGAAUUAUUUAUGAUGAACAAUAUACACUACAUUGUAAGAUCAGUGCGCAUGUCAGAAGCAAAAGAUUUGCUAGGCAAUGACUGGGUGCAAAUACAUAGAAGGGUAGUCCAACAACACGCUAAACAGUACAGGAGGAUCUCUUGGUCUAAGACUUUGAAGUGCCUAUCCAUUCAGGGACUUUCCUCAGCUGGGAACACUUCAUUUAAAGGCCAAGUUUCUCCUGCCUCCAGCAGUGUUUCAAAGGCAAUGGUGAAAGACAAGUACAAGACCUUCAACAUGUUGUUUGAAGAGCUUCAUCAAAAGCAAUCUCAGUGGACAAUUCCCGACAGUGAGUUGCGUGAAUCGUUGAGGCUGGCGGUUGCUGAAGUUCUCUUGCCGGCUUUUAGGUCUUUCAAUAAGCGUUUUGGGCCUAUGAUUGAGAACAGCAAGAAUCCCCAGAAGUAUCUCAAAUACACUCCUGAGGAUCUGGAAAGGAUGCUGGCUGAGUUUUUUGAAGGGAAAUUGUAGGCAUCAAAUUAUUUACUCCAUAUUUACAUAUAUGCAUAUCAAAUUAUUGUAUGAAGAGUUUUUAAUUUCUAGCUAUUCACAAGACGAAAUUUUUAGUUAAAGAGAAUUGGUUUCUUCCACUAAGAUUACAACUCAUUUUAAUACAAUUUUACACCAACUCUACAAAAAAAUUUUGUGGAGACUUAAACCCU